CACGGCACGGUGAACUACACUUCCACGUCUGUUUCUUGGGUUCUUAGAGUCCCAGAAGAAACAGAAUCUGGAGGUUAUUUUUUCCAUCUGGUGAAAAAAAGAGAAACUGCAAGCUGAAAUAUCUUGGGGAAAGACACCGGCAGGAAAACACACCAUGGAGGGCUCGACCCGAGUCCUCCACCUUCUGCCACUCUUAUUAUUAGGAGUGGCCUCCCUUCCUCAGGGGGUGCUGGCUAGAACACCGCUGAAGGUACUCUCCAGCCGUGUUUGCCACAGUCUGACAUGCGGGGUGCCUGACGCCCUGUACGCCCACCCGACCUACUGUACCCAAUACGUUCAUUGUAUCGACGGUGUGCCCUUUGUCAAGAGAUGUCCCUCGAAUCUACAUUAUAAUGCAGCUCGGGGCUCCUGUGACCUGCCCAAGGACGCACACUGUGUCCCGUUCCAGCGGUCGUGUGAGUUACAGGUGCCGUUCGUGGCGGAUGGUCCGACAGAUGGGUUGGUGACAUGCGACUGUGGAGGGACAUGUACUAAACCUCAUCCAUACCGCUGCGACACCUACUAUCAUUGUGAUGCUGAUGGGGUGGAACACCUCUCACAGUGUCCUGGAGGACUGGUUUACAAUGCCCGUGUUGAGCAGUGCGAUCGCCAGGAGAGUGCCAAGUGCAUUCAGGCGCCCUCAUGUUCCUGCAACGACUGUCGCUACCCCGCACUGGACAAGUGUUCCACCUUCUGGCAGUGUGAACAAGGUAAAGCUGUCAAACACUACUGCAGCAGUGGCCUCUUGUUCAAUCAAGACACAUCACAAUGCGACUUGGCCAUUAACGUCGAUUGCAGCACAGGGGCCUGGGACGAAGGCUUCUUCACAGAGACCAGCUGCAUUGACCGUCGCAGGGACUGUGGCACCUUUGUCAAGGAAGGCGGUUGUAUGUGUCACGAAGACAACUGUGAUUGGCAAACCUUUGUUCUCAAAAACUGUCACAAGUCCUGUGGAAACUGUAAAGAGAGCAGGACUGUAGAGAAGAGGAAGAAACACAGUGAAGAGUCACAUCACCACAGGAAGGAAUCUGGCAGUAGUGACUCGGAAACUAAUGAGUCUAGCAGUAGUGAAUCUAGCAGUAGAGAAUCUGACAGUAGGGAAUCUAGCAGUAUGGAAUCCGACAGUAGGGAAUCUAGCAGUAGUGAAUCUGACUGUAAUAAAUGUAACAGCAAAGAAAGUUCAGAGUCUGGAAGCAGCAGUAAUGAAUCAGGAGGGACUGAUAGUGGGGGAGGAGGUGGUGGUGGUGACAUUGACGGCUGCGUCAUUGACUGUUCUCUGGGCACUUACCUCCCUCAUCCUAGUGACUGUCGCAAGUUCAUCCAGUGUGCCCCUUAUGGACCACAAGAGAUGCCCUGUGCACCAGGAACUGUAUGGAAUCAGAAGAUACUUACCUGCAUCCAUGAAGGAACAUCACCUUGUGUUACUGGUAGCUACCUAACUCAUGAUGGUAAACCAUGUGGAGGUGGUGGUGGUGAUGGUGGAGGUGGUGGUGGUGACAUUGACGGCUGCGUCAUUGACUGUUCUCUGGGCACUUACCUCCCUCAUCCUAGUGACUGUCGCAAGUUCAUCCAGUGUGCCCCUUAUGGACCACAAGAGAUGCCCUGUGCACCAGGAACUGUAUGGGAUCAGAAGAUACUUACCUGCAACCAUGAAGGAACAUCACCUUGUGUUACUGGUAGCUACCUAACUCAUGAUGGUAAACCAUGUGGAGGUGGUGGUGGAGGAGAUGGUGGUGGAGGUGGUGGAGAUGGAGGUGGUGGUGGAGAUGGUGGUAUUGGACGGCUGCGUCAUUGGAUCAAUUUUCUGGGCACUUACCUCCCUCAUCCUAGUGACUGUCGCAAGUUCAUCCAGUGUGCCCCUUAUGGACCACAAGAGAUGCCCUGUGCACCAGGAACUGUAUGGGAUCAGAAGAUACUUACCUGCAACCAUGAAGGAACAUCACCUUGUGUUACUGGUAGCUACCUAACUCAUGAUGGUAAACCAUGUGGAGGUGGUGGUGGAGGUGGUGGAGAUGGAGGUGGUGGUGGUGAUGGUGGAAGAUGCCUAUUACCAGGAACUGUAUGGGAUCAGAAGAUACUUACCUGCAACCAUGAAGGAACAUCACCUUGUGUUACUGGUAGCUACCUAACUCAUGAUGGUAAACCAUGUGGAGGUGGUGGUGGAGGAGGAGGAGGAGGAGGUGGUGGUGGUGACAUUGGCUGCGUCAUUGACUGUUCUCUGGCACUUCCUCCCCAUCCUAGUGACUGUCGCAAGUUCAUCCAGUGCCCUUAUGGACCACAAGAGAUGCCCUGUGCACCAGGAACUGUAUGGGAUCAGAAGAUACUUACCUGCAACCAUGAAGGAACAUCACCUUGUGUUACUGGUAGCUACCUACACCGUGUGUGGCUCGUCAUUGACUGUUCUCUGGGCACUUACCUCCCUCAUCCUAGUGACUGUCGCAAGUUCAUCCAGUGUGCCCCUUAUGGACCACAAGAGAUGCCCUGUGCACCAGGAACUGUAUGGGAUCAGAAGAUACUUACCUGCAACCAUGAAGGAACAUCACCUUGUGUUACUGGUAGCUACCUAACUCACGAUGGUAAACCAUGUGGAGGUGGUGGUGGUGGUGGAGGUGAUGAUGGAGGUGAAUGCACUUUGGUGUGUCCAAAAGAGAAAGGCCUCUUCCCUCACCCAAGAGACUGUAAGAAAUGGGUUUUCUGUGUUCAAGGUAGACCCUAUGUUAAGACUUGUCCUUUCCAUCUCCACUUCAACCCCUUGCUCAGAGUGUGUGAUUGGCCAAGUAAAGCUAGGUGUAUUGCCACCCCUGACUCAGAGUGUUCUGUGCCUGAGCCUAUUGCCCCAACAGAGAGACCAAACCCUAAACCUGAUGUGUGUGACUGUGAGUGUUGCGUCAGGCCCCACCCCGAGGACUGUACUGCUUACUACUAUUGUGAGCCUGGGUCUAAUGCAGAGUUCCACACAUGUUCGGAGGGAUUAGUGUUCAACCCACAGCUGAGUCAGUGUGUGCUGCAGGAGGAGUACCCUCAGUGCCAGCCUGAGGAACCUCCAACCUGUGACCCCACCUGCGAGUGUCUCUACCCGGCUCAAAGCUGCACAGAGUACUACAAGUGCGAUGGUGAUGGUGUUCCUGUGAAGUAUGAAUGUACAGGUGGUCUUUAUUUCAAUGACCAGAAGCACAGCUGUGACUUCCCUGAAAAUGUAUCAUGUGAAGAACGCCGUAGAAGGAUGUACAGCGAGGAGAACAACCAGAAAUACAUCAAACCGGAGGACUGCAAGACUCUCGAGGGAUUUUUUGCCAUGAAGAAUAGUCCAAAAUCCUACUACCUGUGUAGCAAGGGCAUUACCUUUGUCCUGCGCUGCCCAGAUCACAGUGUGUUCAGCUCAACUGUGGGCAGGUGUCUCCUCAUCAAGUGAUCCUACCAUGAACACAACAAAAUAUGAAAAUAAGAUCAAUGACAAGUCGUGCAAUACGACUCAGAACGACGAAGGUGGCAUGUGUCAUGACUGUAUUAUUAUAUACUGUAUCUAAAUUA